CUCCUUCCACCGUGCAGUGCAAAAAAGAACCGAAGAACUUUUUGAGAUUAUCAAACCUUCUAACAUGAUUUAGAAUUUCAGUCGUUUGAAUAUCCCACAGUUGGUUCACGUUUCCGAUACCAACAGCACGUGAAGUUCAUUAGCUGCAAGGAUCAAGAUGAGUACCGGAAGUAGACCCGACAGCAGGGCCUCUGGGCCAACGAUCAUGAGCGCUGGCUCCAGACCAGGCAUAAACUCCAAUGCCUCACUUCCAUUUCGUUCGGCCCUGGAUGUUGACAUUGUUUUUCCCAAGAAAGAUGACAGCACUCAUGCAGCGCGAAUAACGUCUGCUCCUCAUGGGAUGUGUGGUCGCAUUAGCCACCGGUACGUCUUCGCCACGCUCUGCUCCAUGGGCCUGGCCAUCACGUACGGCCUCAAGGUCAACUUCCACGUCUGCAUCGUGACAAUGAUCAACCACACGGCCCUGGCCAAGACCGGCGAGGACGAAGGCCACGGUGGCGGCGGCGAGAGCAAUUGCGUGGCCAAGAUGGCCAACGGCAGCAAGGCCGCCGAUACCGGCCCGAUGGAUGGGCCGUUCACCUGGAACCCGAUCAUCCAGGGCGUUCUGCUGAGCGCCUACUUCUACGGCUACCUGGUGACACAGCUGAUCGGUGGUCGGCUGUCGGAGGUGUUGUCCGCCAAGUGGACAUUCGGGGUAGCCACCCUGCUCAAUAUCGUGUUCACCCUUCUGACGCCCACCGCAGCUUACACCAGCUGGGGCGCUCUGCUGGUCAUCCGCAUCUUGGAGGGCAUGAUGGGGGGCGUGACUUUGCCCGCUACGCACGUGUUGCUGUCGAAAUGGUCUCCAAAGUCAGAGAUGAGUCGGUUGUCGUCGGCCGUCUACGCAGGCCUCUCGCUGGGUACGGUGCUCUCGGUGUCGUCGACGGGUCUGAUAGCCGGCACGCUGGGCUGGGAGGUGGUGUUCUACAUACACGGCAGUCUGGCGCUGAUCUUCAUCGUGCUGUGGAGCACGCUGGUGUACGACUCGCCCGCCUUCCAUCCCUGGAUCUCAUCGAGCGAGAAGAACCUCAUCAUGGACUCGACGGGCCACGACCACCACCAUAAGGACAGUCCGCCUGUGCCGUGGAAGGCCAUUUGGAUGUCUAAACCAUUCUGGGCCAUCUUGAUAUCUCACACCGGCAGCAACUUUGGAUGGUACAUGCUGCUGACUGAGCUUCCCAGCUACAUGUCGGGCAUCCUCGGGUUCGAUAUCAAGUCCAACGCCCUCCUCUCGGCGCUGCCUUUCCUCGUCAUGUGGGUGUACUCCAUCCUCUUCGGCAACCUCAUGGACCACUUGGGCGCCAGAGGCAUCAUGACCAGGACUCAGAUGACCAAGCUGGCCACUGGCAUCGCCGCUUUCAUCCCAGCCAUCUGCCUGGUGGUGGUCACGUUUGUGGGCUGCGACAAGGCGCUGGCCGUGUUCCUGCUGACCUUGUGUACCGGAACGUUCGGCUCCAUGUACAGCGGCUUCCUGGCCAACCACAUCCAGAUCGCUCCCAUCUUCGCCGGGACCCUGAUGGCAAUCACCAACACAGUAGCCACCAUCCCGGGCAUGGUGGUGCCCAGCUUCGUCGGCGCCAUGAUCCAUGAGCACAACACAAUCGACAAGUGGCGCGUCAUCUUCUGCACGACGGCUGGCAUCCUGACGGCGCAGGGCAUUCAGUACAUGUUCCUGGCGUCGGGCGAGGAGGAAGAGUGGUCGAGCAAGGCGCACAAUCCCGAUGACUAAGAAAUCGCUGGUGCUCCGCGGUGACCAACGGCGGUGGUGGCGCACCCUGCGCAGAGGGUCGGAGGCGGCCUCACCGAGUCGGGGCCGCUGGGUAAGGUCACUGACCGGGGACAGCGGUCGAGAGCAAGUCCGGAUGUAAGACGGGAAACGAGUCCAGGAACCGUAAAACUGGCGGUGGAAGUUGGGCAGAUCGCCGUGUCGCUGGACCGUGGCCUGGGUCGGGCUAGAGUGUCAGUCGAGUGAACGGGCCAGCGGCUGUUCAGCAUAUCAGCUGUCUGUCAGCUGCCGACCUCGCUUUGAGAUCGAUCAGCGAAGGCGUGCCAGUCAGCUGGCGCUGCACGCCUUUUAAAGCGCGACAGACUUGUCAGAAUCACUAACGUAGUCUAGAAAUGUAAUGCAGUAACCUUAGCGUGGUUUUAAAAUCUCGCAUGAAUGCACUUUAGCUGCAAAUGCCAUUGAAAUUGUGACAUGAAAUACAGCUUGAACUUGUGAA